AUGAAGGUUAUAAAGUUCUCUGUUCUGUUUGUUAUUUUAUCGAUCGUUUGCUUCCUAGGAUUUGAAAAAGUUGUUGCGACAUCUAUAAAUAAUAAAGUUAUAAAGGAAGAUUUGGAUAUAAAAUCUAAAAUCAAAGCGUCUAUGAAUAAGAAAAAUUUUAUCAUUGGGUCCUUAGUUUUGGCAACAGUACUUGCUUUAGGGGGAAUAAUUGGUGGAGUUGGAUAUGGAAUAAGGAAACAUAGAAAAUCUGGAGGUGAAGAUGUGACUGAAGAAUUCAAAGAAUUAUUUAAUCCAGUAGAAGAGAAUGAAACGCAGAGUCCUUUUAAUGUGAAAGCACAAACUGUAAUUCCAGAAGUCAUAGUGACUCACCUCGACACAGGAUCACAAGAUCAACGUUUGCCUGAUGUCUCAGCGAAAGGUGUUGAUAAUGAGACAGGUGAGAAUAUAAAAGAUUAA